ACUGCGGCGGACGGUAAUAGUCGAAAUCAGAGUUUAGCUAACAGGACCUUUCUCAUCAUCUUCACAAUCCCGGAGACAGUUUAAUGGCGGCCAUAGCUCGUCUUCCACUAACCCAUUCUCUUCCCUCCAAAUUCAAUCCUUCAUUAUUCCUCUCUCAAUCUAUUUCUUUUCCUACUUAUCUCCUUCGCUCUCCCUUUCGCUCCUUCUCUCCAAUCCUCUGCUCCUCCUCCUCUCUGGGUGAUUCGAGAUCGCUGGGGAGUGAUUCUAAUGCGUCGAUUGUCGGGGAUCUUCUGGAUUAUCUUAAUGAAUCCUGGACCCAGUUUCACGCCACUGCUGAGGCGAAGAGACAGCUUUUGGCUGCUGGGUUUGAUCUCCUCAGUGAAAACGAGGACUGGAAGCUGAAACCUGGUGGCCGUUACUUCUUUACACGAAACAUGUCCUGUUUGGUUGCUUUUGCUGUCGGCGAAAAGUAUGUUCCUGGUAAUGGUUUUCAUGCCAUAGCUGCUCACACCGAUAGCCCGUGUCUUAAACUUAAGCCCAAGUCUGCUUCAUCUAAGUUUGGCUAUCUCAUGGUGAAUGUUCAGACUUAUGGAGGUGGUUUGUGGCACACAUGGUUUGAUCGAGACUUGAGUGUUGCGGGGCGAGCAAUUGUGAGAGCCAGCGAUGGCUCGUUUGUUCACAGGCUUGUCAAAGUGAAGAGGCCAUUACUAAGAGUGCCCACUUUGGCCAUUCAUCUUGAUAGCACAGUGAACAGUGAUGGAUUUAAACCGAAUUUGGAGACCCAACUUGUUCCGCUACUGGCAACGAAGCCAGAUGAAUCCUCAGCAGAGUCCAAGGACAAAAAUGUAUCCUCCAAAGAUGCCCAUCAUCCAUUACUCAUGCAGAUUUUGUCAGAUGACCUGGACUGUAAGGUCGAGGAUAUAGUGAGUCUUGAGUUAAAUAUCUGUGACACCCAACCUAGCUGCCUAGGAGGAGCAAACAAUGAAUUCAUAUUCUCUGGAAGACUAGAUAAUCUUGCAUCAAGUUUCUGUGCUUUGAGAGCUCUCAUUGAUUCAUGUGAAUCAUCGGAAAGCCUGUCGACUGAACAUGAUAUCCGGAUGAUAGCUUUAUUUGACAACGAGGAGGUUGGUUCAGAUUCAUGUCAAGGUGCAGGGGCGCCCACUAUGUUUCAAGCAAUGAGACGGAUUGUAAGUUCCCUAGGCAAUAAGCAGGUCACUGAGUGUACAUUUGACCGUGCUAUCCGGAAAUCUUUUCUUGUGUCUGCAGACAUGGCUCAUGGAGUGCACCCAAACUUUGCAGACAAGCAUGAAGAGAACCACCGUCCUCAACUACACAAGGGUCUGGUUAUCAAACAUAACGCAAACCAACGCUAUGCAACCAGUGGAAUCACUUCUUUUCUUUUCAAAGAAGUAGCAAAGCUCCAUGAUCUUCCAAUUCAGGAGUUUGUGGUGAGAAAUGAUAUGGGAUGUGGCUCAACAAUAGGACCUAUAUUGGCUUCAGGAGUGGGGAUCCGAACCGUUGAUUGUGGCAUAGCUCAGCUUUCUAUGCAUAGUGUGAGAGAGAUUUGUGGAACAGACGAUAUAGACAUCGCGUACAGACAUUUCAAGGCGUUUUAUCGAUCUUUCUCAAGCGUAGACAAGAAGCUCGUUGUGGAUGAUUAACUCCCCUGGAUAUUAAUCUCGAGGCAACAAAAUCCCGCGCUUCGUCCAUGCUCAAAGAUCUUAAGACAUGGUGAGAAUGUUCAGCUAGUUACUUCUGUUCGUGGCUGGUCCUCAGUCUCACAACAAGAACAGAACCUAAAAUUUGAUUCUCUUGUUUAGGAAAAUUGGAAUAUAAUCUUCAAGGUUAAGGUUCCGGUUUGUAACACUGCCUAUUGUUAUCUUGACAAAUACGAUUCUUUUUAAUUUGUCGAAUUUUUAUAUUUUUUCAUAUACAGAAGAGCCUUUAAUUUUA